GAUGGAUGCUUCUACUAUUCACGUAUUCCUAGCUUCUUUAUCAUUGCCGUACAUUUAUGAUAUAAAUCAAUCAACCCAUGCAUAAAUCAUGCAAUUCCAACUGUAGGAUAUUAUGGACACUAAACCAAUUUCAUUUUUUGUAUUUAUUUUCUUCCUUAUUUCUCAAGGAAGCUGGAUAAAAACAGAAGCAGCAAGAAUAUUCACCAUCAAAAACGAUUGUAAAGAGACCAUAUGGCCCGCUGUAACCCCUGGCCAAAGCUUCCAAGGAGGAGGAUUCACCUUAAAACCGGGCCAAUCCAUGGUAUUUAAUGCCCCCGUAGGAUGGUCAGGACGAAUAUGGGGCCGAACUGGUUGCGACUUUGGUCGAGAAGGCAACGGCACCUGCCUCACUGGGGCAUGCGGCACAUCCCUGAAAUGUGGUGCCGCGGGGAAGCCACCGGCAACCUUAGCGGAGUUCACACUAGCAAAAGUAGACUUCUACGACGUGAGCCUUGUGGACGGGUUUAACAUCCCCAUGGCAGUGAAGCCCCUAAACGGUGUAGGGAAUUGCACAAUUGCGGGGUGUGAUGAAGACCUUAGGAGGAACUGCCCCAAGGAGCUUUCUGUAAAGUCCCCUGAUCACGGCCGGGAGACGGUUGCAUGCCGGAGUGCAUGCGAUGUUUUCAACACGGAUGACUAUUGUUGCAGGGGUGUUUAUGGGAAUCCGGUGACAUGCCAUCCUAACUAUUAUUCCAAGUUAUUCAAACAAGCAUGCCCUGCUUCUUAUAGUUAUGCUUAUGAUGAUCCUACCAGCAUUUUUACCUGUUCUGGGACUGAUUAUGUCGUCACAUUCUGUUCUUCCAUGUCUCAGCCUGUGUGUACAUACCAUAACAACAAACUCAUUUGCAGUAGCGGAUCUAUGGGAUUCAAAUCAUUGCUCAGUAGAUGCCUGUCACUCACCGUUGCUCUAUUAUUUCUAGUAACUUUGUGGAGUAACUUGUAAAAUUCACCUUUUGUUUGUAACUUUGAUUCUGUUUUUUUUUUUGAAACUCCAACAGUAUGUACAAUCAAGUAUUUUGUAUAUGUAUACUAUCAAUAUUUCUAUUGAAAUGUUAAUUAUUAUCCUCUCCUCCA